GCACCGGGGGAGGAAGGUGGCAGAGAACGGAGGCAAGGAUGGAAACCCACAGCACCCAGCUCAUGCUUCUACUCGCCAUUCUCCAAUUCCCAGGUGAGCAGUGGAGAAAAGGGAGACAGGAAUCUCAUGGCCAGCCUAGCAAGACCUACCUCCCUUGACAGAGGCUGGUUUCUGGAUCCCAAGUGAGGAGAGAAUCCUGUUUGUUGCACUCAAGUCCUGCUUGCUUGCAGGUUUCCUUUGGGUCAUCUGGUUGACUGGGCUAGUUGGACCCCCCUUUGGCCGUAUCCAGCUGCUGCUGAAAGACCCGUCUGAUGUUCUCAGGACCCCAAACAGUCAAAGGUGCUCCUCAUCUCCAGCGCAAGUCCUUAGUGGAGUGACACAUCCCAGUGGAAAGAGUCAGGGGUGGUUAGAUUGUUGGACUGGAACCUGAGAGAGACCAGGGUUCGGACCCCCACUUGGCCAUGAAGCUCCCUGGUUGUGACAUUGGGGUCAGUCACCAUCCUUCAGCCUAGCCUACCUCAGAAGGUAGUUGUGAAGUUAAAAUGGGGAGGAGGGAAUCCAUGUACACCACUGAGACCAAGGAAAUUAUGGUAGCUCCGCUUGCCCAUCCGGCAGCCAUUCUCCUGAAAUUCAAGAUUCCCCCCACCCCCAAACAGCAGCAGCAGCAGCAGGAACUUUGUGAAAUGGGAACCAUUCUGUUGUUCCAAGGAAAGCGAACAGCCAUAAGUUCCAAGAAGGUUUUGACACCUUCAGAUUUUAAGACUUUAAGAGAAGGAUUUUCGCUUUCCAUUGUAGGGAAGCAAAACUGCAGGGCUUACGCAAAUCGAAAGGACACAGAUAAGAUGGAAAAAGCUAAAGGGAUAGAAAAGAGAAUCGUUAAAAAGCAAUUAAACUCUAAUAGAAUUAAAACAAUAUACAAAAGGAUUUAUUAAAACACAGGUAGUAAAAACAGCACAUCAAUAUUUAAAGCUGUUUCCUUAAAAACAACACAAAAAACAGUCUGUAGUAUCUAUAGCUUUUAAUGUCUGAUGUUUUAUUGUGCUUUAAAUAUUUUGGUGGGAGCCGCCCAGAGUGGCUGGGGCUGUCCGGCCAGAUGUGCAGCAUAUAAAUAAUUAUUAAUUAUUAUAAAUAAUAAAAUUAUCAUUGUUGUUAUUACAGUUUCUCUCCCUAUAUUUAUUAUUACUAUUAUUAAUUACUGUUGGCAUCCAUUACUGCUAUUAAUUAUUACUACUACUAGUAAUUAUUACUAUUAAUAGUAAUUAUUACUAGUAAUUACUGUUACUAAUAAUUAUUAUUACUAGUGUAGGAAUAGUUUGCUUCCUUUUUUAAUAAUAAUUUUUAUUAAUUUUUACAUAUAAAUUAUCAUUCAUACAACAAAACUUCAUUUCUUGUACAAUCUUUUUGGACUUCCAUCAGCCCCUCUGAUGGUCUUCCGUUCUUAUCACUUAUUCUGCAUUUCUUAAAUUCCUAUUGCCUUUAAUAAUCUUAACUAACAGUCCCCCUCGUUACCUUUUUGUUUGUGCAAUAUUUCAGAUAGUCCACCUUACAAAACUUCUCGCAAACCUACAAGCGUAACCUGAUCAUCACAAUUACUUUCCAAAUAGUCCGUAAAUUUAUGUCAGUCUUCUGUGAAUCUCUGGUCCCGCAGAUUUCGAAUUCUUCCGGUUAAUUUACCUAAUUCUGAAUAGUCCAACAGUUUCAUCCUCCAUUCUUCUUUUGUCGGUAAUUCUUCUUGCUUCCAAUUUUGUGCCAAUAAUAUUCUUGCUGCCAUCAUUGCAUAUAGAAAUAAUUUACAGUCCUUUCUUUUCAUAUCAUCUCCUACAAUGCCAAGUAAAAAUGCUUCUGGAGUAGUUUGCUUCCAUUUCUUAUUGACUUCAGGUGCUGCUCAAUUUCCUGCGCAAGAUCCCCCCAACCAGCUGCACGGGAUUCUUGGUGGGUCAGUCUUGUUUCGCCUAAAUGUACCCCCCUGGAAAAGAGUGGACGAGGUUGAAUGGAAAUUCACCCCCACAGGGGGUCAGCCACUCCUGGUUGCUGAAUUCGCCAAGGGGAAGCUGAGGAAACCACACCCAAGCAACCGUUUUGGACCACGGGUAGAAAUGGUUGAUGAGACCACGCUGAAGAUGAAAAACCUGACGAUGGCGGACUCUGGAGUGAUGGAUGUCCGCGUGAAGUUUGCUUCCUCAGUGAUUGUGGAGUCCUUCUUCAACCUCAUAGUCCAUGGUAAGGGACUCUCUCUUCUUUGUCUAUCUCACAACCAAGUGAGGAGUUGGCCAUCAAACUUUUGGUGUGCCACAGAGCGCAAACAUCUAUCGUUUUUAUCCAACAGAGCCGGUGCCGUCGCCACAAAUAAAUCACCAGAUCAUUUCCAGCACUGCCAACCGAUGUAAUGUGACACUGCAUUGUCGGACGUCUGGAAAGUCAGAUUUGCAUUUUUCCUGGGAAAACAGAAACCCACUCAGGACCUCAGAAGCUUUAGAGUGGUAUCGCCUCACCAAUGACGACAAGGAUCUUCACCUGUCAUGGCAGCCAAACACCUCCAAUUCCACUUUCACCUGCCUGGUCAGCAACCCAGUUGAUCAGAAGAACAUCUCGUUUGAUGUGUUCAACAUCUGUCAGGAUGAAGCUCAAGGUCAGUGAAAUUCUAGCAUGAUCUCGUCACUGUUUUACAGGGUCUAUUCUCUGGAUUGUUAUUGUAAUUUUUAAAAAACUUUUAAAACUUUCUGUUAUGCUUUAAUAUUUUUUUCUGUAAGUUGCUUAGAGACACUUUAUGGAGCAAACAGCUAAUCAAUAGCAUUUAUUUGGAUAAGUUGACCCUUGUGGUACAUCCCAAUUCUACAAUUCCAUGAUUCUAUGAAAUGCAAUAAUGAUUCUGGGUGUCGUUCAAGAAUGGUCCUACUCAGUGUAAACCCACUGAAGUCAAUGGACAUGACUAACAGAAUAAUAAAGUUGGAAGGGACCCCCAAGGACUCCCUAUCUUCUGGUUGUACCCCUUGUUCAUCACAGAAUCACAGAACUGCAGAGUUGGAAGGGGCACCAAGAGCUAUCUAGUCUGGCCUCCUGCACUGCAAGAAUAACAGCUAACAAACCCCUGACAGAUGGUCUUCCAACCUCUGUUUCAAAACCUCCAAUGAAGGAGGGAGCCUGUUCCACUGUUGAAUGGCUCUUACCAUUGGAAAGUUCUUCGUAAUGCUUAAUCAGAAUCGCCUUUCUUGUAAUUUGAGUCUGAUUCCAGUAUUCCCCUCUGGAGAAGCAGGAAAUAAGCUUGCUCCAUAUUAGGCUCUAUCAUUUCAAUGGGUAUACUCUGAGUAGAACUUUGCUGAAUACAGCUAAAUAUGAAUACCUUAAAGUUAGGAGUACAAUGUGUUCAAUUGACUGGGUUAAAUAUAAUCUUCUGUUGGUUUUUUAUCCGAGUGGGUCAGACACCCACCAAAAUUAAGGUAUCCCAGAUAUUUCUCCAUAGCCCGGCACCCCAAGACACCUUCGCAAACCAGUCUAGUGGGUGGCCUCAAGACCCACCCUUUUAGCUGCAGAACUGCAUCUUACUGGAAAACAUUCAGCAUAUCGUACAAUGUAAUUCAUUCCCUGUGCCUUAUAGGGCUUCUUCUAAGGGCCAUGGGACUGCAUUUUUGUUUUAGUAGUAGCAGCAGCAGCAUUAACAUUGCUUAGAUUUCUUAUCCAUCUUUCACCAUGAAGUCCGAGGACAGAUUAAAGUGCACUAUUAAAAUAAGGAGAAUAGGGUGCGUCCUAAAUUUACAAAUUACUUAACAGAACACUGUAAACAACUAAAAACUUGGGCAGGAUUUGAGUAACGCUUGCAAUGUACUAAAAACGAAGGUAAAAAUGGAUUAUUUUGAGAAAAAUAGAGAAAAUGUAUGAUGCAGUUGAAAAAGAUUGAAAAUGGAAACCAUGGAAGGGUGGAAGGAAAUCUAAAGAUUCAGGGAAUCCUAAAUGUUGAUAUUACGUCUAAUGUUUGAAUUUAAAUGUGUAGUUUAAAACUGAAUAAAAAAGAUUAUAUUUUAAAAAAUAGGGUGCGUCCUGAAAUAUAUAUAUUUCAGGUUUUGAAGACCAUGCUUCACUGUCCUGGUCUAUAACCACAAUUUUACAAGAACGUAAGCGACAGAUUUUUAAACCUGGUUUUAAGCUGAGCUGAAAGCCGAAAGUUACACUCAAGGUUAUCGAUUGCCUCUUUCCAUUUAAAAUAACUGAAUUCUUUUAGCCUUAAAACAAACAAACAAACAAACAAACAAACAAACAAACAAAUGAAAUCUUUGCUAAACUAAGCCUCCUUUUUUGAUGCUAAGCUGACUCUCCCACUAGCUGGGUCUGUGUACGUAAGGAUAACUUCUUGCUUCAGAUCAGACAUCCAGCCGGGGUACUGAGUCCUAUCAUUAUUCCAGCUUCCCAUUUCUAAUUCUUUGACUCCCCUUGCACCCCAAAUGGUCAUCAAACUCUUUCUUAGGAAAGGGAGGGGAGGGUAUUAACUUGAAAAUGGUGUGUGUGUGGAGGGACUGGGGACAAGCUUUUAGGAGCCAAGACGAAAAGAGGGAGCCUCUCAAAAUUGGUUUGAAUUGUGAAGUGAUAUUAAUAAGCCUUUUUAUUUUUUACAAAUGGUGUGCCUGGGAGAGGAAUUUAUUGCUGUGCUGAAAAGUGAAAACUAAAAGAUGAACUCUAAAGGGAGAAGUGAAAGAGGAGAAAUGUGAGGUUUCACGAAGAGGGAGCAAGCUCUAUAAAGUUCAUUAUUUUGGGAGCUGAAGGCUUUCCCAGCUGAAUAUAUGAACCUUUGCUCCUAGCAUUUACUGUAUUUUUCUGUGUAUAAGACGCCCCCAUGCAUAAGGUGCCCCCUAUUUUUUGAGUCCAAGAUUAAGAAAUAAAUAAUUGCAACAUUCCGUGUAUAAGAUGACCCCCAAUUUUAAACUUAAUUUUUUGGGGGGCAAAUAUAGUCUUAUACACAGAAAAAUACAAUAUUUGUUAGGGCUUUAGUCUUGUUUUUAAUGCAUUUGCUGAUUAUGUGUUUUUAACGCCUUUUAAUCAUCUGAUGUAUAAGUCUCAUUGAGACAGUGAAUUAGAAAGCAAUGGAUAAAAAAUAGAAAGCAAUAAGGAAAAUAAAACACAUUAAUUUAUUUUAUAAAAUGUAUAUAAUGCUUGAUUGUAAGAAAAUAACCCUCUCAAAGUGGUUUGCAAAAAGGAUAAAACAAAUUACCAAUAAGAAAAAAUAACAAUAAUUUAAGACUUUUGAAAAGUUAAGAUAACAGCAGACUAAAACUUGCAUCAACUUUCUGGGCAAACUUAUCUAAAGAAAAAUGUUUUUCCCAGGCCCCCAAAAGAGUACAGUUGAAUACGCUUGCCUGAUAUCUUGUAUUUGUUCUGUUAUUAAUUAUCUUAACUGUAAAUUUCAUUGAAACAGUGGUUUACAAGAUGAUUGCUAAAACAAUAAUAAUAGUAAAAAUAGCCAGGGCUGUCUCUAACUAAGUUCUAGACAGAGUAGCUUCACUGAAAGGAGUAAGUCCAAAUCAGUCAUGGAUGUUAACUUCAAUGGAUCUACUCUGAGUAGUAUUAGCAAUGGGCACUGUUUUAAAUGCUUGGGCAAACAGCAUCGUUUCAGUGAGAGUUCAUUUUCCCCCUGCCGUCACAUCAGUAUGUCAGAUUGUGACAAUUUAAUAUAAGUUAACAGAAUGAAGCAGCAAUUGGGUGAGAGACUAUGGGUAACAGUUGUGGUGAGGGGCAAGGGUCUGAAAGACCACCAUUUUGAAAGACCUCUUCCAUUCAUCUCCUCCUCCUCUCCCCCCCGCCCCGCAGAUGGCUGUAGCUGCUUCUCCUGGCUGAGGACCGCCAUGGCCGUGGGGCUGGGCCUCCAGGUUGCCACCGUCAUCUUGUUAAACGUUCUGGAAAGGAAAGUUGGAGACCAGUGUUGAGUCGGCGUAGAACCACGAACCGCUAACAUGGAGCCCACGGGCGCCCACCAGUAAUCACUAUGAUGGCCUCUGCAAUAGGUUUUGAUAAAUAUCUCCUUUUUGAAAAGCCACAGGAUGUGAGGGACUGUUUGCUCUUCCUGCUUGCAGUGGCUCAGACUCUCUUACCACAACUCUGCCGCGUUUGAGAUCGGACCCCCCCGGCUACCCCCUUCCAUUCCAGACAGAGGAGAGGCGCCAAGAGCUUUCCUCUAAGAGCAUCGUGGUGGCGGCUGAAGUCCGUGCUUUUCUUUCCAUUGGAGGAGGUGGCUGGUGCACCUUAUUAGCUGUGACAACCAUUUUGUGCCACGUCCCAUAUCCCACGGUAGCCAUUUUGUGCUAUACCCCGCACCCCACAGUAGCCAUUUUGUAACUGGCAGCCACAAAAUUUCAAAUCCACCCAACGCCCAAAAAUGUUUGCCGACCCCGGUGUGGUUGGUUGGAAAAGACACCCUGUCCGGUUUACAAAGUAGCCACUGCCUGCUUACAUUAAAGAGAGACUCUUUCCCCCCCACAUGGCAAGGAACAACAAAGCUUCCCCUGUUGGGAACCUCCAGGUUGCCCUUUAAAAUCAUGCCUACUGAAAAGGAAUACCACAUUGGAUCGAAAACUUACUCACGUUUGUUACUGUAUGAGAUGGUGACGUUUUGCAAUGUUUAGUGGUUUAAGCCAAUUAGUUGGUCCAAUAGGUGGGAGCUGGUGGUGGUGGUGGUGGCAACUGGAGUCCAACAACACCUGGAGGGAACUUGGAGGAAAAGGUGAAACAUAAAUGCAACAGGUAAAUAAACGAUGGCAAAGG